AUGGCGAACCUGGUCUUUGCUUGCAGUGUAUCAGCUGCGGCGGCCGCCGUGGGAUAUCUUCUGCUCUGCCUGUUCACUGUGGGCCAGCGGCCGCCAGAUUAUCCUCCAGGACCGCCAACGCUGCCACUAAUUGGAAAUUUACAUUUGAUGCCCACCAAAUACCCGCACCGCCAAUUCCAAAAAUGGGCUCAAGAAUAUGGUCCGAUCUACUCGCUAGUUCUCGGUACAAAAACCUACGUUAUCCUUUCGAGCGACACUGCGAUCAAGGACCUCCUGGACAAGCGUGGCGCCAACUACUCGUCAAGGCCGGAGUUGUAUGUUGGCAUGGACAUUGCUAGUGGUGGACUGAGGCUCGUUUUUAUGCCAUACGGGGCAGCCUGGCGAAUGAUGCACAAGGUUAUCCACAGCAUCCUCAAUAUCCGAGCGGCGAAGGCUUAUGUGCCGUAUCAAAUGUUGGAAAGACAAAUGAUGCUUUUAGGGUUUUUAGAUGAGCCGAAAGAAUAUGCUAAUCAUCUCUGGCGGUACUCUUACUCGCUCACGACUCAGAUUGUUUACGGCUGGCGGAAUGAGAGCAUUCAUGACCCGAAGUUGCAGCAACUUAUCAAGGGCUUUGAGAAAUGGUGUGACCUUGUUGGAAACGCGAAUGCCCAGUUCCUCGAUCUCUAUCCACUGCUGCGCAAGCUCCCCAAGUUCCUAGUCCCUACCUUUAAGUACGCCGAGGAGCUCCACAAGAAAGAAAAGAAGUUAUACACCGAUAUCUGGCUGAAUACGAAAAAGGAGGUUCUAGCUGGUACAGCAAAGCCCUGCUUCUGCGCUGAGCUCCUCAAAGCCCAAAAGACCGAGGGCUUCUCUGACCCCCAAGCCGCCUAUGUCUGCGGCGCGUUACUAGAGGCAGGGUCCGACACGACAAGGGCCACUAUAUUUGCCUUUGUGCUGGCGAUGAUGGUCUUCCCUGACGUCCAGGCAAAGGCUCAGGAAGAAAUUGAUCGUGUUGUCGGCCCGGACCGGCUUCCAACCAUGGACGACGAGCCCAAUUUGCCCUAUACUCGAGCCUGUGUGAAGGAGGCGCUGCGGUGGAUGCCGACUAUCAUUCUGGGAGUCCCACAUGCUACUAUCAAGGAUGAUAAUUACAUGGGCUAUCGCAUACCAGCCGGUGCUACGGUUAUUGCUAACGUCUGGACAAUCCACAUGGACGAAAAGCGCCAUCCAAACCCACGCACAUUCGAUCCAGCCCGGUUCGUAAAUGACCCCCGAAGCGAAUUCGACGCCGCCACAGACCCAGACGUGAGCAAACGCGGUAAUUUCGCCUUCGGUGCCGGCAGACGGUUUUGCCAGGGUAUCCAUAUCGCCGAGCGCUCGCUGUUCCUGGCUAUGUCGGGUAUCCUGUGGGCGUUUAAUUUAAGUAAACCUCUAGAUGCUGAGGGAAACCCGGUGACUCCUGAUAUCGAUGACAUUGUUGGCGGAAUCACGGUGCAGCCGGCGCCGUUUGAUGUGGAUAUAAAACCGAGAUCACCGGCCAAGGAGGAGAUCAUUCGUACUGGGUGGACUGAAUGUGAGGAGGCGAUGCUGGAUAAGGAGAGUCGGCAGUGGAAGGAAGUGCCAGAUGGUAUGGCGUUGAGCAAAUAG